CGGCGGCUGGCCGGCCCGCGCGCCGCGGGCAACCCCCAUCUCCAACACAUUGACUUGAAACCGCCGGCGGGGUCCGCCCGAAACUCGUCUGACGGGGCGCGCGCAGCGCCCCUUCGCGGGCCGCGCAACACCGCAAACGCCGGCGCCGUGAAGCGGGCCCCGCGCCGCGGCCCCGAUCGCGCGCCGCGAGGCCCGGCGGGGCCGCAGUAA